ACAAUGACUGCCGUGACAUAUGUCGGUGCAAGCGAGCACCCGCUGAGUGUCUCUGCAGCAGACUUUGAAGGCAUGUACAAGGACAACUCGGACCUGUGGGGCGACUGCGGGGAGGAGAACGCAUACAUCAACUAUAUGCGGUCGCAGUCCGGCAACGUCGACAGUGCGCAGCUCCUGCUUGAGUUUGCCAUGGUGCCUUCAGUCAAGACAACCUCUGGCUCUGACAUUCACCAAGCAGCAGCCGACGCAGGUCUAGGAACAGGCCUCGGACACAAGUUUGCCGGCAGCACGGCCCUGCACUUUGCUGCCGAAAUGGGACAGCCGGAGGCGGUUGCGCUGCUGUGCGAGCGCGGGGCGAAUGUUGAAGCGGAGAAAACCCACGGUGGCCGUCCCAUCCACAUUGCCGCAGACUCCAACCAGACCGCUGUCGCCCGUGUCCUCAUCCAGACGUGCGGUGCGGAUGUGAAUGCGCUGCUGCUUGGCGACACCACACCCCUCUAUCUCGCUGCACAGAAGGGAUUCACCCGCAUGGUCGAGGUGCUGCUUGAAUCAGAGGCGGACUCCUCCUUUGAAAUGCCGACAGCCGCCGCGAACACGCACGUCGCUCGCGUUUCCUCUGACGGUGCCGGGUCGCGUGUACCGACCGCUGUUGGCGCGACAGAUGACGAGACGGAGAUGUUUCAGUGGGCGAGCCAGUUCAAUCAGCCCGCCGCAGAUCCGAGUGCCGCGGGAUUUGAACAAGGCAACGGCGCAACUGCCCUACACGCUGCUGUCGAGAAUGGUCACAUCGACGUUGUGCGUGCUCUGCUGCGGCGCGGUGUGCCGCAAACAGACAGCAUGCAGGGCGCAACACCACUGUGGACGGCUGUCGACUACAACAGGCCAGCCAUCGCCCGCGUGCUCAUGCACUACGGAGGCAACCCCGACGCGCCUAUGAAGCAGACAGGUGACACACCGCUGCACCGCGCGGUCACGCGCGGGCGAAUGAACAUGGCGCAGGUGCUGCUUGAGGGCGGCGCGAGCGUGCGCGCGAGGAACAAGCAGGGCGCUUCCCCAUUGCACGUUGCGUGCGCGAUGGGCAGGAGUGAUGCAAUCAAGCUAUUGCUUGAGCACGGCGCACAGCUCUCUGAUGCAACGGAGGAUGGAAGCACGUGUGCACACAUUGCGGCACAGUACGGGCACAUACACUUCCUUCAAGCGAUGCUGGAUUCCAAUCACGCGUCUGUGGAUGGUGUGGACGGCGAUGGUGAGACACCGCUUCACUUUGCUGCUCGCGGGUCCAACGUUGCAACUGUCAACCUCCUCCUCUCCCGCGGCGCACAUGUCAACGCGCAGUCAGCGAUGACGGGUCUUACGCCGCUGAUGAUCGCUGCACAGCGCGGACGCACAGCCGUGAUGCGAGCACUGCUCGAUGGCGGAGCGGAUCCGAACACGCGCGCGUCUGCCGCGGGAUUCAAAUCGACGGCGCUGUAUGCGGCUGCACAGUCUGGUUCUGUGGCCGCAGUGACAACACUACUUGAGGCAGGGGCAGCUGUCAACGCCCGCAUCUCUACAGGUGCCACUGCGCUGUCCACGGCGGCCGAGCGUGGAUACCAUGAUGUGGUGGAAGCGCUCAUAUCCGCUGGUGCCGAAGUCAACUUUGCUGACGUUAACGGGAACACGGCGCUGCUCCUUGCUGCGCAGGGGAAACACACGCGCGUCGCACAGCUCUUGCUGCAACGAGGUGCAAAACCAGACCGUGUUAAUAAGCGUGGACAGCAUGCACUGGAGAUUGCGUACGCAACAUCGAACAACAAGCUGCUUGGGCUACUGCUGAAGUCUGGGGCGAAUCCUGCGCGCGUGUGUUCGGAUGGACUGAGCGUCCGGGAGAAGGCGACGCGCGACCGCAACUUUGAGGCGCUGAAAUUGAUUGGCACACACGAGUACGACCAACCCAGCAGUGCACACGCGAAGGACGAGCUGUGACGGACACGUGUGUGUUUGUGUGUGUGUUUGUGUGUGUGUGUGUGUGUGUGUG